GGCUUUGCGGCGAGACGCGGUCCAAUUUAUGCGAAUUCCGUGACGAGCUGGCGUGCAACUUUCCGCCGUUUCAGCUGUCCAUGACGGGAAGCGCCGAUCAGCUCGAUCGCAGACGCGUGUAUAUCGCGGACAAUACAAUAUCUAUAAUAUCGUGUGACAGUGCACGACAGGCAUUAUCAGUCAAUCAUCGAACGUCAGAGGCAGAUUGGCUGGCUCAUUCGAGUAGCAGUGAAGCGGAGCGAGCAGUGCAGUGAAUCCGGCGCUGAUCUUGUCUAUCUUGCCUCUUUCGACCCUUUGCGAAUCGGCAAGAUCUUGUCACCGCGGUCUGCCCACAAGGACACUGCUCCAGCCCGUCCGCGCUAGCUCGAAUCCGCCCCUGCCCUUGUUUAUCAGUCUGGGCCGUGCUGACAUCAAGCAGCUAUCUGGAGACGCUACAUAUCAGAGACAGCCUGUUGAGCAAGCAUUCCGCGUAACUCUCACUUGUACUAUUAUGUCGAGCUCGAGCGACGAGUCCGGCUACUCCUCAUCGUCGUCGUAUGACGACGCCGCAUCUCACUUCUCCGACACAGAGAUUGACACUCAUGUCGUCGAUCCAGGCCUGUCUUUCGCUCAGAUGACGCCAAGAUCAGCCGGCCAGGCUCGUUCGGUCAGGGCACACGAUGACGGCCGCUCUGAUCUCUCGCGCGGCUACCCGUCUUCAGGCUCGGCCGACCAGAAGCCUACCUUGUUCGAGUAUGUGCAGACACCUGAGCAAGCACGUACCCUAUCAGCAUCACCACUCAUUCCUCGCAUCACUUCGUAGAUCAAACUCACUCGCAUCAUUGUAUCAUCCGCAUGGCCUACCAGCACGUGUUGUCGUCGACAAAAGAUGCAUUCUAGCGCGUCUGCGCGCUGUACCCU